UCCUGGGCAGCUUACAGGCAAGCCUGCAGACACCUGCCCAGACUAUGUGGGUCAUUGGUGCACGGUGAGCCAAGGACACCCUGGCCGACCAGAGUGUCCUUGGUACUUUUUUUUAACCAAUGGUACUUUUUUACCAUUAAAAAGGUGAUAUAUACAGGUCAAUAAAUAACAGAAUGAGAGCUACAUUGCAACAUUACAGAGGAAAGCAAUAGACUCAAUACACGUUCACAAAGCACUAGAGCUCAACAAAUAACAACCCCAUUCUGUCUUUUUUGAAUCUUUGGUUCCUGCCCCUUUUAAAGCAGUUGAAUUUGUAUAUGAAGAGCAGGUUGAAAUGCAAUAUCAGAUUUCAGGCAGGUGACACGUAGAUCAUGCUAUUCAAUCCAGGUAGAGAAAGUCUUGGAGUUCUUUACUGACUGGGCAAACGAACAGAAACAUCUGCCAUGCCUCUGUACAGUGUUGUCCACCAUGGACAUUCUGGUCAGCCCUCUGUUAGUCUGUCAGAUCCUUGGUUCUUACUGAGACUGCCAGGCAGUUUGUGAAUAUCUGAGAAUACAUGUCAGGGUUGGUGUUUGGUAGGGAUGGGUUAUUGUAGUGGAAUACACGAUUAUACGAAAAUAAAAAGCUAUUCGAAUAGCAUAUUACAUAUUCGAGUACAUGAAAGACUUAUAUUAGCUACUAGUAGAAGCAAACAGGUGUUUGUUUCUACUAGCUUGACACGUUUUCAGAAUGUUAAACCCUGCAACUUCAUGUGAAUGAGACUGGCGUAUUAAACUUAACGACCCUAAUUAAUCAUGCAAUGCUUGUAACAGCAAAGUUCUACAGUAAAUAUAUUCUUUUUUAAAUUGUUGCCAAUUUUGUUGACUUGUUUUCAGUGAAUGUUAACAGAUCCCCUGCUUGAGUUCCCCUGUAAUGACUGCAUACAGCCGCUGUUGCUAGGCAAUCGUGAAACAUCUGCUAACUUUAAACUGGUAAACAAAUGGAUGCAGCAAGUGGUGAAAAGGAAGCCAGGCUUUAGUAACAUUGAAAUUAGAAAGCUAAUAUAGCUUUAUGAUGACUAUAAAGACAUACUAAAUGCUAAGCAGAACAGCGCAAUCACUAAUGAGAAAACAGCUUGGAAGUAGUUUUUUUAAUUCUUAGUCCACUGUCCCCACUAACUUGGUCCACUGUCCCCACUAACAGACCACUAUCCCACCAACAGUCCACUGGCCCAUUAACGUAGUCCACUGUCCCAACUAAUUAGCUAUAACACAGGAUUCAAUAGGGAGAGGAUCAAGUACUUCCAUCUAACUUCUAUCAUUGCUCAUAAACAUCUACUGUUGGCUUUCUGUGAAUGGAUGGAGUAACGUCAACAUGUACACUGACCAUUAAAGGUACAACCAGGAUGUUGAGGAAAAGGAAAAAAGUGCUCCUUUUUCCCCCAGUGCUUUUCUUGGUGGCUUUGUAUGGACCCUUAUCUGUCAGGUAUAUUGAGGGCCUGAUCCCCAUGGAAAAGUGCCAUUUACCUCCUGGCUCUCGGCUCAGGCCUGGGAACCAUGUGGACAACUCCCUUGAUCUCUGGUCCAGGACUGACGUGCAGACGUGCACUUACUGGGGCGCGCCAGUCAUGUGGGACGGAAUGUUCAACCCACAGCACUAUGAUGAAGUGUAUAGGAGGCAGAAUGUCACUGUUGCUCUCACAGUGUUCGCUGUUGGAAGGUACCUGGACUUCUACCUUGAGAAGUUCCUCUCCUCAGCUGAGCAGCACUUCAUGGUGGGUCAAAGGGUCAUCUACUACGUGUUCACAGAUGACCCUGACAGGGUUCCGCAGGUCAAGCUGUCGGCCGGCCGGAGUAUGACAGUCAUCAAGGUCCUCCGGCACAGCCGCUGGCAGGACGUUUCCAUGCUGCGCAUGAAGACCAUCGCAGACACCAUUGACUCCCUCAUCCGCCACCAGGCCCAGUACGUGUUCUGCCUGGACGUGGACCAGGAGUUUGUGGGCCGCUUUGGCACAGAGGCUCUGGGUGAUUUGGUCGCUCUGUUCCACUCCUACUAUUACCACAGGCCCAAGUUCUUCUACACGUUGGACCAUAACCCCAAGUCCGCAGCUUACGUAAAGCAAGGAGACAUGUAUUAUCACGCGGCUGUCUUUGGGGGCACGUGGCAGCAGGUGAAGACCCUGACACAGAACUGCUACCGGGCCAUCAUGCAGGACAAGAACAACCAGGUGGAGGCGCUGUGGCAUGACGAGAGCCAUCUCAACAAGUACUUCUGGCUCCACAAGCCCACCAAGGUCCUCUCCCCCGAGUACUGCUGGGCCUCCGCCAUCGGCUACCGCAGCGACAUCCACGUGAUGCGCCUGGUUUGGGCUGAGAAGCAGUACAGCUUUGUUAGGCAGUAGCUACCGAGUGGGACUGGGAGGAAGGCUGGACUUUGUUCUAUCCACUGGAGUUGGGGAUGACCUGGGAUCUACUGUAGUGGCACUACUGGAUUAUACAACUCGGGGACAUAAAGUAGAGUUGGAUGUUAUGACAUUUGUCAUUGUAUGUAUUUAGUUUCUUUUGGUAUUUCUUAAUUCAGCCCUAUUGAGUGUUUUAUAUGGAUAAUUUUCAGAGUUCUUGAUGAAGAGAUUUUAUUAUUUGAUCAUCUGACCAGUGUUGAAACGAUUUAGUUCAUGCUUUGAACAUGAAAUAAAGAUGAAUUGUGCUUCUCA